AUGGAGCUCACUUCUCCUCCUCCGAGGGACGAUGAUCAUAGCACGGGUCGGAGGGUGCGUGAGCUCUAUCGCUAUUUCCGGCCCGAACGGACAGCCAGUUAUCAGGAGCGCUAUCAGAGUGUCUCGUCCGACGACGCACUACCACCCACCAUUCUAGAUCCCUCUUUUCCGCCGCCAUCACCAUCGCUAUGCUCGCAGUCGCAGUUCGCGCCCGCCAUCGGUCCAACCUCGGCGGGGCUAGUGCCCGAGGCCCUGGUCUUGGGUGACCCUAAUGCGACUCUAACGUCUUUCGCGCAGCUGGCAGCUUUGCGUCUCAAUGUUGAGCGCGUGUUGAUCAGCGUGUCAGAUCGUCAGUCACAAUUCAUUCUAGCUCAAAGCACUCGCACUGGCAAGGUCAGUGAUUACGAGUCUGCCGGCGAUGGCAUCUGGAACGGCUGUGCUUCCAUGUCUAGCAACGCCUGGAGCAUGUGUAAGGUAGGUACCUACUCGUCAGAGAAGUUCGUAGAUCGGUUACUCAACAAAGUAUUGCGUCCUUCGUUGCAGGCUACGGUUGCGCUCCCGCCCAACAACCGAGAAAAGGGUCAACACAGCUUCCUGGUGAUCAAUGACCUGCGCGAGGAUGAUCGCUACAAGCGCCUUCAGUUCGUGCAGGGUGAGCCAGGUUUCCGUUUCUAUGCCGGUACGCCCUUGACCACCGAAACCAACAUCAACAUCGGUUGCUUUUUCGUUCUGGAUACGAAACCACACAAUGGAUUCGACGAUGUGGAGAAAGAGGCCCUGGGGUCGUUGGCGGAUUUGAUUAUGGAUUACUUGAAAGUCAGCCGCCAGGCAUCAGAAGGUCGUCGUGCCGCUCGACUAUCGCGCGGUCUUAGCUGCUUUGUCGAGGGCAGCUCCAGCUUCGUCGAUGCCUCUCAUCCGUCGCUAGCCGGCAGCUCUGCCGCUGCACCCAGCACCCCGCCAUCGUCGAGCCAAAGAGCCAACCACUUGUCCGUGGGCUCCUUCAACAGUUUCGAUAUGCCGUCGAGACGCUCACACAGCACCGACGCCCGAUCCUUUAGCUCUGUAUCGGACUAUAAAGCCGACCAAGCAGUGUCGUCGGGCCCUGACACGCCGCUACCAGACUGGUGGUCCGGUAGCCGCCAGAAGGAACUGAAGGGAGUGGACGAGUCGCAGGGACACACUUGGGCGUUCCGACGAGCCGCGAACUUGAUUCGGGAGAGUUUGGAACUGGGUUCCGAUGGCGGCGUGAUCUUCGUGGAGAACAGCAACAGUCCGAUGCUGGACACGGACACUGGCAGCGAUGGCUCUGUGGAAGGUAACACUCCUGCACCAGUGCUGGCAAUUUCCACCAACGAUGAGCCGUUUGCGCCGGGGCCAGGCUCCAAGAUGCUCUAUCCUGCCGCGAAUCUCGACAGCGCGUUUCUACACCAGCUCUUGCGACGCUACAGUAAGGGGAAGUUGUGGUCGUUCCAUCGGGACGGUAUGAUCUCCAGCUCCGAUGACGAGACCCCUCGACAGAGCCGAUCGCGUGCGUCUAAGGGUCCCGAGAUCGGCAAAGGCGGGCCGAAAAAGUGGAAAUCCAUGGAGAACUCCAUGCUGAAUCUUUAUUUUCCCAAUGCGACUCAGGUUCUCUUCGUGCCGCUAUGGAAUUCCGCCAACUCACAAUGGUUCUCCGGGUGCUUCUGCUGGAACACGGAAGAGACGCGCGUCUUCAGCUCGUCCGUGGAGCUCAGCUCAAUUUUAGGGUUUGGUUCCUCCAUCAUGGCCGAGUGUAACCGGGUUGAGUCGCUCAUUUCCGACCGGCAAAAGGGCGACUUCAUUGGCAGCAUCUCACAUGAGUUGCGCAGUCCGCUGCACGGUAUCUUGGCAGCCGCCGAGUUCUUGAAUGGGACGAACCUGGAUGAAUUUCAGGGUUCUCUGCUGGAGACCAUCAACGCAUGUGGACGCACCUUGCUGGAUACAAUGAACCAGGUACUCGAUUUUAGCAAGAUCGUAUCAUCUGCUGCUCCUUACGACCAACCGGUUGUCUUGCCUCUUGCUCAACAGGGCCAGAUCCAGCCCGACAAAGAAACGAAACCGAAACCCCGUUCUGAAGUUGAGGUGGUCGUGGACAUUGCUCACAACGACUGGGUCUAUCAGACGCAGCCCGGAGCUCUGCGACGUAUUGUCAUGAACAUCUUUGGCAACGCCAUGAAAUACACGCAAAGUGGCCGCGUGUCGCUACACUUGGAAGUUACGGAGGCAUCUGAGGGCCGCGUGCGUCGGAAUGGUGUCGAAGAGCUAGUGACUUUGACGGUGUCGGACACCGGCAAGGGUAUUUCGGAGGAGUUCCUGCGUGGCCGCCUGUACACGCCUUUCGCCCAGGAGGACACGCUUGCAGUCGGCACGGGCCUGGGUCUCUCGAUCGUGAGGAGUCUUGUCAAGGCCCUAAAGGGUAGCAUCAACAUCCAUAGCCGGCCGGGCGAGGGAACCAUUGUCAAGGUCUCGUUGCCUCUUGUGCGACCUGGUCCGGAACUGGAGCUGGAAGAACCUGUCCGUCCCGUGUCGCCAUCUACGAGAGAGCAGGGAUUGUUAACCGAGUGCCGUCUGCUGCGCGAGAAUCAUGUCGGCCGACGCGCCGCCAUUCUUGGCGUGGAUCCUGCCGACGCUUCCUCUCAUCCGCUAUGGUCCAUCUACUCGCGUUACCUGAUCGACUGGUACGGCCUCGAGCUUGUUUCGUGGCCGUCGGGCACGCCCGUUGAUAUCAUCCUGGCGGAAGAGCAGAGCCUAUUGGAGGGCAUGAGGCCAAGUGGCGACGCGACUCUCCCUUCGCUCUUGAUCCUCUGCAACAAAUCCGUCGAUUACACGACCGCGCGUUCGCAAUGGGCAUCCUUGGCGAACGUGGUAAACAUUGUUUGCCGCCCAUGUGGACCACACAAGCUCGCUCGCAGCAUCCGCAGAUGUCUCGAUACGCAGAGUGGAAACACAGUGCCACACACCAUCGAGCUCCCCGAACGGCCACGCCAAACUACCAUAUCCUCCGGAAGCGACCUUUCACCCGGAGAGAGGCUAUUCGAAAUCUCAACCGACACCUCCGAGCUUGCCCCAGAGAUGACCAUCAGCUCCGGCUCGACCUCAUCAGCCGAGUAUCCUCGCUCCCAAGACUCCGACGGCAUGGAUGCCCCCCUAUACACCAUCAACUCACCUCUCCCGAUCCGUGCUCCAUCUCCCUUCAAACAACCUAUUUUAACACAAACCGAAACCGAGCGACGCGCCCGCGUCCUGGUGGUCGAUGACAACAGCAUCAACCUGAACCUGAUGCUUACAUUCAUGAAAAAGAGGCACCUCGCUGCUCUCGACUCCGCCGAGAACGGCAAAUUAGCCGUCGACGCAGUCGAACGCGCCCAACAGGGCUACGACAUUAUCUUCAUGGAUAUGUCCAUGCCCGUAAUGAACGGCUUCGAAGCCACGCGCGCCAUCCGCGCCCUCGAAAAAGAGCGCGGCGCAACGUACAAGCCAGCCGUCAUCAUCGCAUUAACAGGACUGAGCAGCUCGCGCGAUGAAUCAGAGGCUCUAACCUCGGGCGUUAAUCUGUUCCUCACAAAGCCAGUGUCGUUUAAGGAGGUGUCGCGGUUGUUAACGGAGUGGGAGGAGAAGGGAUUGGAUGAUCGGAUAUCUAUGUCGGGACAGGGACAGGGACAGCAGGGGUUGGCGUCUAGUUGA